GUCUAAAUGAAAUUACAGCUACAAUCAAGACCUUGGCUGGACUUUUUCUGUGCCCCUAGGAAAACGGAUGCAGUGUUAUGCGGAACAAACAACGGUGGAUACUGGGAUAUACCCUCGGGACCUCGGUCGGCACGGUUCCCCGCAAGUGGCCAUCUCCGCAUCAGCCACGCUUAUCCUCCGCAAUCCACAUGCAAUUCAGGGGCUAUUUCAACUGUGCUUUACAUACUACUUGACGACUGACGAAGAAUUCUGCAAUAUUGCAACAUCGAUACAACCUAACUUAACGAAUACUAACGAUCUUCAUCAUGGGCAAGAAACCAGCAGGUCCCGCCUACGUCCUGGGCGUGGGGAUGACCAAGUUCAUCAAGCCCCGGGGCAAGGUGGAUUAUCACGAACUUGGAUUCGAAGCUGGUGUCAAGGCCAUGCUGGAUGCUCACAUUAACUACGACGACGUCGAACAAGGUGUCGCCUGUUAUGUCUACGGGGACAGCACCUGCGGUCAACGCGUGUUCUACCAGUUUGGUCUGACUCAGAUUCCCAUCUACAAUGUCAACAACAACUGUUCCACCGGCUCCACGGGUCUGGCCAUGGCCCGGACGAUGGUCUCUCAUGGCGCUGCGGAUUGUGUUCUGGUUGUCGGAUUCGAGAAGAUGAGCCCAGGGAGUCUUCAGUCGGUCUAUAAUGAUCGCGCCAACCCAACGGGCUUGUUCGGUUCGAUGAUGGCAGAGACCAGAGGCGUCACCAACGCUCCUGGCGCAGCACAGAUGUUCGGGAACGCUGGUCGGGAAUACAUGGAGAAAUACGGUGCCAAAGCGGAAGACUUUGCUGAAAUCGCCCGGAUCAACCAUGAACACUCGAAGCGCAACCCCUACUCCCAGUUCCAAGACGAGUAUACGCUCGAGCAGAUUCUCAAGGCGCCCAAGAUCCAUGAGCCCCUCACCAAGCUGCAGUGUUGCCCGACCUCGGAUGGAGCGGCAGCAGCAGUCAUCGUCUCCCAGGCAUUCCUCGAUGCACGUCCACAUCUUAAAGACCAAGCCGUCCUUAUCGCAGGCCAGCAGCUCUCGACGGACAACAGCACGCUUUACAACCGUAGCUCCAUCGACUUGAUGGGGUUUGGAAUGUCCCGCGGGGCAUGCCGGGCCGCGACGGCGGAGGCGGGCGUCAACGUGAAGGACAUCAAGGUGUGCGAGCUGCACGAUUGCUUUUCCGCCAACGAGAUGAUCACCAUCGAUGCGCUCGAGCUGUCGGAGCCUGGCAAGGCACACGAGAUGGUCCAGAAGGGCGACAUCACCUACGGAGGCAAGAUGGUUAUCAAUCCGUCUGGCGGGCUCAUCUCCAAGGGGCACCCGUUGGGUGCCACGGGUCUCGCGCAAUGCGCCGAGCUGGUGUGGCAUCUGCGCGGCUGGGCCAACAAUCGGUUGAUUGCUGGCACGGAUGCGGCGUUGCAGCAUAACCUGGGCUUAGGUGGUGCCGUGGUGGUGACAGUGUACAAGCGGGCGGAUGGCAAGGUUGCAACGCCAGUGCCGUCGGACGUCGUUGCUAAGAUUACUGGUCUGGGCUAUAACCCGGCUGUGGAGGCCAAGGGGUUCACGGCCGAGCAGGCCAAGUCGGUGCAGAGCAGAAACCACAGCGACAAGUGGGCCUUGGGAGACACGCAGGAGAGGGUUCUGGCGCGUUUCUAGUGCGAUGGUUGCAUUUGACAUGAUGAUAGUUAAUGACAGUUCCGUCUCUUCCAGAGCUUUUCCAUUAUGUCCUCUCGUGU